UUCAAGCCUGUAGAGUAACUCCCCCCCCAAUCCGAUCCACGACAAAUUGCAGAUAACUCGAGGAAAGGUUUAUAAGGUGUUUCUCUGAAACAUAUGCUUUGCCAUUGCGUUCAGCACAUUUCACUCCUUCCCAACUUCAGAAAGAGCCGAGAGAAAUGUUUCACAUUCAUAACUUGUAGCCGUGCCAGCAGCAGAAAAAGGGGGAGGGGGGGGAAGAGAAAUAGACCUUAAGUUUUUUUUUUUUUUUUUAAAGACCAGAUCAGUAUUUUCUUGAUACGCUUGUCACCCAUUUUUGUUCUCACGACAACCAAUUGAGCCCUUGAUCCUCACGUGAUGUGAAAGGCUUGAACUGUAACAAAAUCGCUGCUUUUAGGUGGUUGGUUGUUGCUGGCUCGCCCAUCCCCCCUCCUCCCCUCCCCUCCCAUUUCUAGCAAACCAACCCUCUGCUUUCCAAUCCAUCAACAAUUCAUUACAGCUUUUAGCUUCCAAACGCCAGCUAAUUAAAAAUACUAAGCUAAGCUCCGAGACCAUCUGACUUCAAGGCAAAAAAAAAGGAGGGAGGGAGGGAAUAAAUAAAUAAUCAAAAAAAGAUGCAACGUUUGCUGAAACAAUAAGGAGCUAAAAAAAAAAAAAAAGCUGUCCUGAAAAAAGGGUCGUGUAUUUUAUCUCUUUGGACUCUAAUUAGUCACCACAUGACUGAUUAGCCUGAGCUCCAGGAUUUUUUUUUUCCUGAACAGCAGUUUGGGACACUCUUAUCCGCCCCCUCCCUCCCUUUUUUUUUUAACAUUUACUUAAAAGAAGAAAAAAAAAAAAGGAAGCAAAUCAUAUCCUUGGGAGAUUUACCUCAUUAGAAAGCACGCUCGCCUUCCUCCACUCCCACCAAAUGUUUUGAUAACCGGUUUUAUCAGAUCACUGAUUUCCACCCCCCCCCUCCUCUUCCUCACCCCGCUCCUAGCUUUGCUUUUUUUUUUUCCCUUUCCCCUCCUCCCUCUCUCCCCUUUUCUUUCUCCCUCAACUUAGUUCAAGAAAUCAGAUCUGUCAGGACGGGCGAAAAAACUGCCACUUCCCGACUAACAGGCGGAAUCCAGCCCAGAUUUUCAGUCCUUUCUUUCUUCUUUUUUUCCUUCCUCCCUUUCACUAAUUUAUCCCGAUGUUAGCACAUUCUGUCUUGCAACCACCGGACGCCUGUAGGUUUGUUCCCUGGGAUCAUUACUUACUGAUCAGGAUGGCUCUGAAGCCUGGAGCUGAAGGCGGCAUGUGAAGUUGGGGGGAAAAAAAAACCCAACCCAUUUGAACGAUUCCUCUUUGCUCUUUUACAUCGGUGCUUGCUCAGGAACACGAGCCUGGUGCUUGAUGCUUCUGUUCUGAAUGUGAAAUAUCUCUCUUCCAGCCUGUAAAGUUGUUGAGGAACAGCAAUUUUUGUGUGUGUUUUUUUUUUUUUUAAAGAAAGGAAAAAAAAAAGCAAAACCAAAAAACACAACAAACAAACAGCAACAACAAAAAAAGGACUCCGUGUGCCAAAGUAGGGGGAGAUGUGGUGUUGAACGAGAUGUUAUUUGGUUUCUGCUGCUUGAUCACUUACUCUUUAAGUAAAAUGAGGCACAGAAUGGUUGCUGAGUCGAGUGGGGACAGCAUUUUGAUUUGCUGGCUUAAUUAAAAAAUGAUAAAGGAUUAAAGGAAAAAGGUGGACCUGGACUGCAGGGUAUAAACCUGGGGUAGGAAGACCAGAAGAGGUAAAUAAUAAUCAAACAAAAAACACCAAAAAAAGCCCAACGGAGAUAAACGAAUGUCCCCUCAUCUCCAAAGGAAAGUUCAUCGGAUUUUUAUUAAAGAGAUCUCAUCUUCAGGAUGUCAGUGAACACUUCCACUGCAGGAAAAGGUGUGGAUCCAAAUGCGGUUGAUACUUAUGACAGUGGCGAUGAUUGGGAAAUCGGGGUUGGGAAUUUAAUCAUUGAUUUGGACGCGGAUCUGGAGAAGGACAGACAGAAAUUUGAGAUGAAUAAUUCCACCACCACCAGCAGCAGCAGCAGCAGCAGCAACGCCAGCUCCAAGGAUUGUGGGGGGCUGGCUUCCAGUGGGGCUAAUGCUCCCUCAGCCUUAGCCGAGGGCCUAAAAUUUGCUUCUGUUCAGCCCCCUGCUCCCCAGGGGAAUGCCUCUCACAAAGAGACUAGCAAAUCAAAAGUGAAAAGGAGUAAAACUUCUAAGGAUGCUAAUAAAUCUCUGCCUUCUGCUGCCUUGUAUGGGAUUCCUGAGAUCAGCAGUGCUGGCAAGAGGCAGGAAGUCCAAGGGCGCCCUGGAGAGGUAACUGGCAUGAAUUCAGCACUGGGUCAAAGUGUGAGCAGCAACCCAAACGGCAAUAAUAACACCACCAGCAACAACAACACUAUUGCCUCUUGCGGGAAGAACAAAGAGGAGAAACCAGGUAAAAACCAGGGCAGCAGAGGCUCCAAGCGGGAUAAGGAUGCGGGGAAAUCCAGGAAGGACAAGCAGCAUGACCUGCAGCAGGGCCACCCCAACGGCGUGGGGGGGGGCAGCAGCCAAGCUCCCCCCGGGCACCUCUAUGGCUUCGGGGCCAAGGGAGGCGGUGGUGGGAGCAGCAGCCCCUUCCACUGCGCCUCCUCCACGGUGGGGGAGGUGAGCAAAAGCUCCCCGGAUUCAGGGUUAAUGGGAAACUCUAUUUUGGUAAAGAAGGAAGAGGAGGAGGAGGACAGCCACAGGCGAAUCAAGAAAUUGAAAACAGAAAAGGUUGAUCCCCUGUUUACAGUGCCUGCACCUCCACCUCCGAUUUCCAGCAGUAUCACACCUCAGAUUCUGCCUUCCUACUUUUCCCCAUCUUCAUCCAAUAUUGCAGCGCCAGUCGAGCAGCUUUUGGUACGGACUCGUUCAGUGGGUGUAAACACUUGUGAAGUUGGAGUAGUAACAGAACCUGAAUGCCUUGGACCCUGUGAGCCUGGCACCAGUGUGAACUUGGAGGGAAUUGUGUGGCAUGAAACCGAAGAAGGUGUCCUAGUGGUAAAUGUUACAUGGCGGAACAAGACUUAUGUCGGGACACUGCUGGAUUGCACAAAACAUGACUGGGCCCCCCCCAGGUUUUGUGAAUCACCGACGAGUGACCUAGAAAUGCGAGGCGGCCGGGGCAGAGGAAAGCGAGCAAGGUCUGCUGCAGCUGCAGUUGCACCUGGAAAUGACGCUAGCUUUACAGAAGCAAGAGGACUGCAGAAUAAGAACAGAGGUGGUGCCAAUGGGAAGGGAAGGCGGGGUAGCCUUAACUCAAGUGGACGUAGGACACCCCCAAAUUGUGCAGUGGAGGAUGUCAAAGCCAGCCCCUCAUCCACAAAUAAAAGGAAAAACAAGCCUCCAAUGGAGCUAGAUUUGAACUCCAGUUCAGAGGACAAUAAAUCUGGCAAACGUGUUCGUACGAAUUCUAGAAGCACUCCAACCACCCCACAGGGGAAGCCUGAGAGUACUUUUUUGGACCAAGGGUGCUCUUCUCCAGUGUUGAUUGACUGCCCUCACCCCAACUGCAACAAAAAGUACAAGCACAUCAAUGGACUACGGUACCACCAGGCUCAUGCACAUUUAGAUCCAGAAAACAAACUGGAGUUUGAGCCUGACAGUGAAGACAAGAUUUCAGACUGUGAGGAAGCAUUAAGUAAUGUGGCACUUGAAUGCAGUGAGCCAAGCACAAGUUUAUCAAGUUUUGAUCCGCUAAAAGCACCAACAUCUCCUUGCUCCCUUAGUACCCCUGGGACACCCAAGGGGAAAAGGGAGUUGACGAAUAAUGGCCCAAGUUCAGUUAUCAAUUCUAAAACAGGCAAGAAUUCUGGGAAAAAGAAGGGUCUGAACAGUGAACUGAACAGCCUCCCUGUAAUUUCUAAUAUGGCAGCCACAUUGGACAAUUGCUCAGUAGCAGACGGUAGUUUGGCUACUGAAAUGCCCAAACUGGAAGCUGAAGGGUUAAUAGACAAGAAAAAUCUGGGGGAUAAAGACAAAGGCAAAAAAGCUACUAAUUGCAAAGUGGAUAAAAACCUUUCAAAACUUAAAACAGCCAGACCCAUUGCCCCUGCUCCAGCUCCUACUCCUCCCCAAUUAAUAGCUAUACCCACUACGGCCUUUACAACCACCACUACAGGGACAAUACCAGGAUUGCCCUCACUAACAACUACUGUUGUUCAGGCUACACCAAAGAGCCCUCCGUUAAAACCUAUUCAACCAAAGCCCACAAUUAUGGGAGAGCCAAGCACUGUAAACCCUGCUCUCACAUCACUCAAAGACAAAAAGAAAAAGGAGAAGAGAAAGCUAAAAGACAAAGAAAGCAAAGAGACUGGAAGUCCUAAAAUGGAUUCUAAGCUGGGAAAGCUAGAGGAUUCAAAAGGGUCUGGGAAAGAUUUAUCUGGACAUUUUUUAAAGGACCAUCUCAACAAGAAUGAAGUGUUAGCUAAUGGACUGUCAGAGUCUCAAGAGAGCAGGAUGGCAAGUAUUAAAGCUGAAGCUGAUAAGGUUUACACUUUCACAGACAAUGCACCCAGCCCUUCUAUAGGGAGUGCCUCCAGAAUGGAAUGCAGCACUUUGGUGAAUGGACAAUCUUCUAUGGCGCCACUGCAUGUGUUGACACAAAAUGGUGCAGAUAGUGCAACUGCUAAAACCAACAGCCCUGCUUACUCAGAUAUUUCUGAUGCUGCUGAUGACGGUGGUUCUGACAGCAGGUCAGAGGGCAUGAGGUCCAAGGCCAGCUCUCCUUCAGAUAUUAUUUCUAAUAAGGACAGUGUUGUAAAAGGGCAUUCUUCAACCACAGCACAAUCAUCACAAGCAAAAGAGUCCCAUUCUCCCUAUUACCAUGGCUACGAUCCUUAUUAUUCUCCAAGUUAUAUGCACUCUGGACAGGUCAGCGCCCCUGCAGCUGGGAACAGCAGUGCCCAACAGGGGCUAAAGAUCAAAAAGGAGACUGAGGAAGAGGCUGAAAAGAAAGAGAAGGCAGAACCACCAGAUUCCAAGAAAAAUGAACCCAAUUCUAAUUUACAGCCACAACACCAGUCAGUAAUAACUCAGAGACAUCCUGCACUUGCCCAGUCACUUUAUUAUGGACAGUAUGCCUAUGGGCUUUACAUGGACCAAAAGUCCUUAAUGGCCUCCAACCCUGCUUACAGGCAGCAGUAUGAAAAAUAUUAUGAGGACCAGAGGCUGACAGAACAGAAAAUAACACAAGCAGGGAGAGACUGUGAAAGAAAGACUGAACCCCCAUUAAAGGAGCUAGGAAAGGAUGAUAACAAGCAGAAAAAUAUCCCAUCUGCUACUAUCUCAAAGGCGCCUUCAACUCCAGAGUCAAGCAAAAAUAAUGGUAAAAUAGGGUCAUCAGUCCCUAACAAAACGGAAGAGACAAGCAAGUCACAGAUUCUUUCCAAUCACCAGCAGCAGCUUCAGUCGGAUAGCUUCAAAGCCAAACAAAUGGAAAACCACCAGCUUAUAAAGGAAGCUGUGGAAAUGAAGUCUGUUAUGGACUCUAUGAAACAGACUGGAGUAGAUCCUACCACACGAUUUAAACAGGACCCAGAUUCAAGAACAUGGCAUCAUUAUGUCUAUCAGCCCAAAUACCUUGAUCAGCAAAAAUCAGAAGAACUUGAUCGGGAGAAAAAGUUAAAAGAGGACAGUCCUAGAAAAACACCUAAUAAGGAAAGUUCUGUACCAAACCUUCCUGUCUCAUUAGCAAGCAUUAAAGAGGAGCCUAAAGAGGUCAAGCGUUCUGAUUCCCAAUCAGUGGAAGACAGCAAGAUAAAAAAUGAUGAUCGAAAGACUCCUGUAAAUUGGAAGGACUCUCGAGGUGCUAGAGUUGCAGUUUCCUCACCGAUGAGUCAACAUCAGUCAUAUAUCCAGUACUUGCACGCUUAUCCUUACCCACAGAUGUAUGAUCCCAACCAUCCUGCAUACCGUGCCGUCUCUCCCGUUCUAAUGCACAGCUAUCCUGGGGCCUAUCUCUCUCCAGGAUUUCAUUAUCCUGUUUAUGGGAAGAUGUCAGGGAGAGAAGAGGCGGAGAAAGUCAAUACCAGUCCUAGCAUCAAUGCGAAAUCAACCACUGAAUCUAAAGCACUGGAUUUGCUCCAGCAGCAUGCCAACCAGUACCGCAGCAAGUCCCCUGCUCCUGUGGAAAAAUCAGCAGCUGAGCGUGAGCGGGAAGCAGAAAGAGAGCGGGAUCGUCACUCCCCCUUUAGUCAGCGGCACCUUCAUACGCACCACCACACACACGUUGGAAUGGGUUACCCACUUAUCCCAGGUCAAUAUGACCCAUUUCAAGGGUUGACGUCUGCUGCCCUUGUUGCCACUCAGCAGGUGGCUGCUCAGGCAUCUGCAUCUGGUAUGUUUCCUGCACAAAGAAGAGAAUGAUGAGCUUGGAAAUGUACAUUGUCAUGUGACUGGAUCACAUGAGGAAGCGCUUUAUUACAAACAUCAGUUCCAUGGUGUUAAUUUGAAAUGCCUUAAUGGCAGGCAAAAACCAGUCAUUUCAUUUUUGUAAAUUGCAGAUUUUAUCAGAGUAACAAAUGUUGCUGUAAUUAGACUUCUGUUUUUUAUAUAUAUAUAUAUAUGCGUAUAUAUAUAUAAAUAUAUAUAUAUAUAUUCUUUACUUUUUUGUAUCAGUAACCAGGCUCGCACACAGGGUCUGCUGCUAAGUUGCAAACCACACAGUAAAUGAGAAAUGUAUUUGUCAUGUUUAGAAAGUGUUAACCACAAAAGGCUGUUUGUUUCUUUUCUCCUCUUUUUGCUUUUUAAUUGUAAAUAAAUAAUGUUAUGUAUCAGUGUGCCUGAACCUUGCAUACCCUUCUAAUAUUACCCACAAGCCUUCAGAGAGGCUAACUGUGAUGAUGACACUUUGGUACAAUUUAGAUGUCUAUUUGGUGGCUCCUAUUAAGAUUCAUCAGUGUAAAAUGUUACUGUACUCACUGUUUCAUUGUAAUUGUGUAUUGUGAGAGAUAUACAUUUGGAAGGCAUGGGGUUGCCAGUACCACAAAAACUGUGUUGUACAUAAUGUAUAGAUUUUAAAUGGGGAAAUAAUGAGCAUCUGUGAAUAAUUAAAUGUCUUUUUUGAUAAUCUUGAAUGGCAAAUAACCCAAUAGCCUGCAUACCAGAAGACAUCUGUGAUUGUUCUAUUACUUGAAUAGUCCUGCAGUCUUUUUUUUAAUGUUUACAAUUAUCCAGUUUUAGAAGAGAGACUUUAAUGCCAUUGCCUGGUUACUUGUUUUAUGCUGUAAUCUAGUUUAUUUUAUGUAAAAUGUAUAUUGAAUGCUUUCAUUUUUAUACCUGCCUUAAAUAAUUUGGCAAUCAGAAUAAAAAAAAAAGUUGUUUUUGUA